AUGAUUACUACUACUAGUGCCAUCAACCUAGUCGGUCUUCCCAAUGAUCUUGUCAAGUUGAUAAUUACUGAAGUAUUGGAAACUGUCGGCCUAUGGAAGGCUCUUGGUCUGCGAGUAGUGUGCAAAAUUUUCGAGACGUUUAUUACGAGGGCAAUAUGUGUCGAUUACUUGAAGAAUCCUCAUGGUCCUGUUGAUGACGCCCUGAAGAUAUGCCUCAACUAUUCUCCCAGCAAACUACCCCGCAUUGCGCCUCUUCUUAUACAUAUAGAGAUGAAACAUGAUCCUGAGAAUGCUAUUCUAGCACCUGCAUAUCAGGCAAUACGCGCAGUGGCUGCACUCAAGAAUUAUACGGAAGAAGAGCAACUGCACCUUGAACUUACAGUAUGUGAAGCAAUGGAAGAACGGUUGUCCUGGACGUCUUCCAGGGGCCUAAGCGGCAGAAGGGAAUUGUUUCUACGUGUUCCACGGCAGCCAGUCUCUCCAAGUGAUAGCGUUUUAAUAGACCAUGACAUACCUACAAAUACAACUGCUCCUGAAAUGAUUCUCGGCCUACAUAAUAGACUGAGUGUGGCCAUUAUCGCCAACGACAUCGAACUCACACAAGUCUUACUCAAAGACCACGACGCUGAUGCCGAAUUCAGAAACAAGUAUUUUGGGAAACCAUUGCACCUUGCAGCAAGAUAUGGAAGAACUACCAUAAUCCAUAUCCUUUUAAAUUAUGGUGCAGAUUUGAAUGCGAUGCAGCCAUACUAUGGUCGUUACUGGCAAUACUGGAUGGACAAGCAACAUUGGCCAGUUACCUUGGAAAAGGAAAAAUACUUUUGCUCGUCCGGAAGUGCUUUGCGUGUGGCUGCAAGAAGUGGAUGCAUCGAAGCUGUGAGGAUUCUCGUUCAACCACGUUUCAAUGCCGUUCUGCCACUUCAUGGAGAUGAAAUCAGGCAAAUCCUUCUUGCCGCAGCGAGGACUGGAUCUGUCGAUCUGAUUUUAUAUCUUCUGGAACAGUUCUAUAAUUCACAUCCUCUAAGGAAAAGAAUUCAAGAAGAAAUUCUUCUUCAAGCAUCGUACUCAGGUAGAGAGGAACUGGUCAAGUUCAUGCUUGAUCGUGGUGUGAACAUUAAUUGCAAUGCUGCAUAUGAAUAUAGCGUCAUGCCGAAUUGGGCACCGAUCCAUUGUGCAGCUUACAAAGGUCGUUCUAAGAUUGUGUCCUUGUUGCUUUCACAUGGCGCAGACCGGGAUGCUUGGUGUAACCGAACCUCGAAACCCGCCUAUAAUGUCGGGUUUGACGCGAUGAGUUUUGCAGUUCUACGAGGUCACCAAGACGUAGUUCGCGUUCUUAUCAAAAAUGGUGCUGCAUUCCAAGAAAAAAUCAAUAUUCAUGCUUCGCGAGAAUCUGUACCACUAUUGACCUUAGCUGCAUGGAGUAGUCACCAUCAUAUGAUGCGUUUCAUGCUUGAAGAGGGACGAGCUAUUGGUGAGAGUGGUGAGAUGGCUCUUUACUACGCGGUUGUUCAUGGUGAUUUCCUAAUGACACGCCUUCUUCUCGAGGCUGGGGCCUCUCCUUCCGGAAGUGUUCAUGGCAAUAAUAACCCAGUUCGUACCGCGAUGCAGAAAGGAUGGGCCGAUAUUUUGCAACUGUUGCUAUCUGCGGGUGCUGAAACGAUAGAAGCAUCUGUCGAUGGAUCACAUUUUGGACAACAAGCCAAAACUCCGCGGCAGCUAUGGCACGUUUGUGGUAGAUAUUGA